ACUAUUAAUAGAAUGGUGGCAUAUUAGAAUCCAAAUUCAAGAAUACUUUUUCCCUCCCGCUUCUACCACUGUUGGGUUCUUCAUCUUCCAUGGCCCAAUCAGUUCCAUUUCCAUCGCAGCAGCAGCCAGUGCUUCACCAGAGCGACGCAGAUGAUGAUGACGAGAACGUUAAGCAGCUCAGAGAAUGCUCCUCUCUCUAUCUUUCCCUACAGGAUUGUCUUAUUGACAAUAAUAGGAACUGGAAAUCUUGCCAGAGAGAAGUUCAAGCCUUGAAGGCAUGCAAUGAGAGGAUGAAGAACGAUAAAGUGAAGUGAAGAUUUUGCGAUUAAGAAGCUUCCUAGUUCCUAAAGAAAUUACCUCACAAUUCCUUUGACUUCAAUGAUAAUUUGUGUGAACAUUUAAAAUCUGAACUUUAAUGUCUUUGUUUCACUGGAAAAGCAGUGUGUGAGUGAGAGCAUACUGGUUCUAAUUCAAUAAUAGGAUGAAUAUUUAAGAAAUAAUAAUGUAAUAAUAAGGUUUAUCUCUUCAAA